AUGGAACAAAAGGAAGCAUUGGAACGUCAGAACGAAGAUCUUCAAAAUGUUUUAAAAGUUUGUAUAGAAACUAUAUUACAAGCUAAAGACACAAAUGCUAGCAAACUGCUUAAUUUGCAAGUACGACAAGUACGAAGAAGCCCGAGUCCGUCUCCACCUCGCGCUACGAGUAGUAAUUUAGACGGAUCCACAUCCAGCAUAUUACAGGACUUGAAAACAGACCUAAAUAACCUGCUCAGCAAAUACCAUGGAGCAAAAAACAACUUGACAGAAUCUGACAGACUACUAUAUGAUACGCUUAUGGCAAGCAAUAUUGUUCCACCGCCACCUCACGAUGCCACGAAUAGUAGCUGCAGCUCGGCAGAAGCUCAAGACAGGCUGUAUUAUCCCCAUCUAGUAAGAAGUCAGAUUGCUCCAUCUCAACCUCACGGUAUCAUCGCUAUUAGAGACAGAAGCAACUCGACAGAAGUUGAAGUUAAUAACCUCAUUCGGGAAGGUAACAGAGAGACAACACAAGGGUUUGAUCUAUUUCAUCCAAUCUACAACCGUAGAAAAUCCAAUGUGGAUCCAAUUCAAGAAAUAAGAGAAGAUCCCAUGCAUCGUAGCACCCCGUUGCCCACAAAUGACGCCUGUGCACAAGAAAACAAUAAUCUGCUAUUACAGCAAAUUUCAGAAAUCGAAUUGGAUAUCAAGAGCGCUCAUAGCCAAUUUCAGAACGCGUUGGAAACGUUUGUAAAUAAAGCUAAAAAGUCAUCAAAUUUAACCUCACCUGAAAGUGAACUAUCAGUAACAACUGGUGAACAUUCUCCAAAACAUUAUCAUAAUAAUUUUGAACGUAGUCCCGAAACGACUACAAGUAUAUUUAAUCAAGCAGGACCGUCUCGAAUAGCGGAAAGAAAUCCUGUGGCUCAAAUCCAGAAUACCUCUACAAGGACUAAAGCUAAUGCCCUAAGAAGUUCUGGUGCAACACGACAUCGUAAAAGCCCAGCGCAACAAGCAGGUCCGUCUCGAAUUGUGGAAGAAUAUCCUGUAGCUCAAAUUCAGAACACCUCUACGAGAACUAAAGCUAAUGUCCUAAGAAAUUCUGGUGCAACACGACAUCGUAAAAGCCCCACGCAACAAGCAGGACCGCUUCGAAUUGUGGAAGAAUAUCCUGUAGCUCAAAUCCAAGACACCUCUACGAGGACUAAAGCUAAUGUCCUAAGAAAUUUUGACCUAUUUGAAGAUCCUAAAAGGACCGUGCAACAAGCAGGCCCGUCUCGAAUAGUGGAAGAAAAUCCUGUAGCUCAAAUACAGGAUACCACUGUGAGAACUAAAGCUAAUGUCCUAAGAAAUUCUGGUCCAAUUCAAGAUCGUAAAAGGCCCGCGCAUCAAGUAGGACCGUCUCGAAUAGUAGAAGAAAAUCCUGUAGCUCAAAUUCGGGAUACCUCUACGAGAUCUAUAGCCGAUGUCCUAAGAAAUUCUAGCCCGAUUCGAGAUCGUAAAAGGCCCGCGCAACAAGCAGGACCGUCUCAAAUAGUGGAAGAAAAUCCUGUAGUUCAAAUUCAGGAUACUUCUACGAGAACUACAGCCGAUUUCCUGAGAAAUUCUGGACCAGGUCGAGAUCGUAAAAGGCCUUCUCAAGAAGCAGAACCGUCUCUAAAAGUAGUGGAAAAAAAUGCUUUAGAUCAAAUUCAUAAUGCCCUUUCAAAAAUUAAAGUUAAUGUCCUAAGAAAUUAUGGCCUCACUGAAGGUCCCAAAAGGACCGUGCAACAAACAGGACCUUCUCAUAUAGGUGAAGAAAAUCCUAUAGCUCAAAUUCAGGAUACCUCUACGAGAACUACAGAUAAUGUCCAAAGAAAUUAUGGCCUGAUUCCUAAAUGGCCCGUGCAACAAGCAGGACCAUCUCGAAUAGUUGAAAGAAAUGAUGUGGCUGAAAUUUCCAAUACCCCUACGAAAAUUACAACUAACGUCUUAACAAAAUCCGCGCAAACAAGAAACAUUGGAGAUCUACAAACACAAGAUACUGAUAUGGUGGCAAUUGGUAACGGUAAUGCUAAAGUGCCUAAAAGAGUACUCGACAGUAUUGACUGGACCCUGCACACAACAGCUACAAGGCAGCUGCUCCAAGCAGUGUUCCCUAGAAGUGUAUUGGCGACGCACUCUUUAACCGGCAAACAGUCACCAGCGUUUAUGAAUCGUCCAGCAAAGAAAAUUUUGGAUCCCAAACUCGUCGAAGACAUCGUGAAGAUAGUUUCAACGCGAUGUAGUGUACCAAAAAGUCUAGUCAGAAAUAGUAUAACUAUCAAAUGCACCGAUGAGGCAAAAUUGUACAGAAACCGGCAAUUGCAAGCCCAAAAACGGAAAAAGCCCCACAAUGAUGAAAAUAGACCACCUUCAUCCCCAUCGUCUAAAGAUUCUCAAGACAAAAACUAA